AACACCCCCAUAAUUGCACAAAUUCUAGGGUUCUAUAUAUCCCCCAACAGUCCACCUUCGUUCGCUUCUCCAAUAUUUCCAUAAUAUAUUUCCAAUAGCUGUUCAAUUGCUUCAGCAAAGUUUCAAUUUUUUUUUUAUUCUUUUAGGGUUUCAGACUAGGUUUAAGGUUUUGAUUUUGCCUUCAUACCAGAUCGUUUGUUCGCGUUCGCUAUUGUUCUCAAAGCCUAUUUACUGUUAGUUUGAAUCCGCCUGAACCUGGGUUUUUCUGGGUUCGUCCAUACAACUCAAGUGGAGUUGUUGAUAACCAAUUUUUUUAAAAAUUAUUAUUUUUUCUGAAUCGUACUUGUAUUUGCUUCAUUAAAAUCGCGUCUUUAAUCGUGUACUGCGUGAGGCAUUGUUCAUUGGAAAGUUGAGGUUUUUGGUGGUAGAAUUCGAAGAUUCAACUUUGAAGGUUAAUAGGAAAUUUGUUUGUUGCUUGGAGGGCUACCAAUUAUUUUGGGAGUGAAUGUUCUCUUGGGGCAUGGAUUACGCAAAGGAAACGGGUGAAACAGCUGCAGCCACGGCGCUAAUCCCGACGCGGUUUGUGUGGCCUUAUGGGGGAGAAAGUGUUUUACUCUCUGGUUCUUUUACAGGGUGGUCUGGCCAUUAUCCGAUGACUCCUGUCGAAGGGUGCCCCACUGUAUUUCAGACUAUUUGCAGCUUACCGCCAGGUUACCAUCAGUACAAGUUUGUCGUUGACGGCGAGUGGCGACAUGAUGAGCUCCAGCCUUUUGAGAAUGGGAACUAUGGGACAGUGAACACUGUUUUCUUAGCCAAGGAAUCUGAUUAUGUUCCUGGAAUCCUAAAUCCACAAAUGCAUUCUGGUUCUAACAUGGAUGUGGAUAACGAGGCUUUUCAGCGUUUGGUUAGAGUUUCAGGUGGUCCAUUGCAUGAAGCCUUGCCAAGGGUAUCAGAAGCUGAUUUAGAGGUUUCCCGCCACCGUAUUACUAUAUUUCUAUCUACACAUAUGGCUUAUGAGCUGCUUCCUGAGUCAGGCAAGGUCAUUGCCUUAGAUGUUGAUUUACCUGUAAAACAAGCAUUUCAUAUUCUGCAUGAACAAGGAAUUCCUAUGGCUCCUCUUUGGGACUUCUACAAGGGACAGUUUGUUGGAGUUCUUAGUGCUUUGGAUUUUAUCAUGAUUAUAAGAGAGCUUGGUAGCCAUGGUUCCAAUCUGACAGAGGAAGAACUUGAGACACACACUAUAUCUGCUUGGAAAGAUGCAAAAUCAUACCUGAGCAGACAAAUUGAUGGGAACGGGAGAUUAUUUCCAAGACAACUUGUCCAUGCUGGGCCAGAUGAGAAUUUGAAAGAUGUUGCUCUCAAGAUUUUGCAAAAUAAUGUGGCAACAGUUCCUGUUAUCCAUUCAUCUUCAGGCGAUACCUCGAUUCCGCAGCUAUUACACCUUGCCUCACUUUCUGGAAUACUAAAAUGUAUUUGCAGGUACUUUAAACAUUCUUCUGGGACAUUACCGAUGCUCCAACUACCAAUCUGUGCAAUUCCUUUUGGUACCUGGGUUCUGGGAAUUGGGGAAACAAAUCGACGGCCAUUGGCAAUGUUGAGACCAAGUUCUUCUCUUGGUUUAGCAUUGAGUUUGUUAGUUCAAGCUCAAGUUAGUUCAAUACCCAUUGUUGAUGACAAUGACUCAUUAUUAAAUGUAUAUUCUCGAAGUGAUAUUACUGCUUUGGCAAAGGACAAAAUUUAUGCUCAUAUUAAUCUUGAAGAGAUGACUAUUAAUCAGGCAUUGCAGCUGGGACAAGAGCCAUAUUCUCCAUAUGGAUCUAGCAGUCAAAGAUGUCAAAUGUGUUUACGAUCUGAUCCACUGCAUAAAGUGAUAGAGCGAUUGGCAAAUCCAGGGGUUAGACGGCUUAUUGUUGUGGAGGCUGGCAGCAAACGUGUAGAAGGCAUUAUAACAGUCGGCGACAUCUUCAGAUUCUUGCUCGGUUAGUGAACAGACUGACAGCUUUAGGGGCUAGUAACGGUGGCUUUGCACCCAAAUUGUGUUUUCCUAUAACUAUCACUGCUGUACCUUUGUGGAAAGCUUCCUCACCCUCAAUGAUUUAUUUCCAUUUUUUUUUCCUCUUUCCCAAAUUACCAUUGGAUUAGCCUCCUGCAUAUUUGCCUGGUCUUUUACCAUAUUAGGCGAAAGAUAGAGAGGCCUGUAAAUUGCAAGGAUUGGGCUUUGCCCCCUACUCUAUUCAUCUCCCAAAUUGUUAUCUCAACUAAAUUGUUUGCUGCUUCUAUAGUUGCCAUUUUUGUGAACAGCAUGGAACCAAGUACCAGUUCACAUUUCUAUGCUGUCAUUGGUAGAAAAGAGUGAAAUAAAAAUAAACCAGAGAUGGAUAUUAGAUGGUUA